AUGUUUAAGAAAAUCAAGAGAAGGGAGGUCGACGAAGAACAGGACCAGGAACAAAUGGUAGAAGAAAGGACAUUUAUACGAUCACUGCCAAAGUCAUCCAAAUGUAACAUUUUGUACAAUUCUAAUAUGGACUUUAAAAUUUUCAAUUAUUCUGACAUUGACAUAACAUCUGACAUGGUUGACUUACUAGCGAAAGGCCACACCUUUGUGCCUACAGUACAUCUAGAUGUGGCAACUACUUUGAUAGACUUGAAACUAUUUGUUCGGAAACUGAACCUAGUGGCACUAAUGGGGGAACAAAUUAAUACUAAAAGUGACUAUUAUGUGUCUAGUGUAUACAAUCCACCUCUGCACCCUUUAAUAGGGCUUUUUGAACAAGUUAUGUUCAGAGGCGCUUAUGUGAUUUCUGGGGAUUCGAGUGGGAAACCAUUGCUUAAAGAACGGGAUCCAGAACUGCUGUACUUUGCUGACGUUUGUGCAGGGCCUGGUGGAUAUUCAGAGUAUGUCCUUUGGCUCUGGAAGUGGCAUGCAAAGGGGUUUGGGAUGACUUUGAAGGGCCCCAAUGAUUUUAAAUUGGAAGAUUUCUAUGCAGCUCCUAGUGAACUCUUUGAACCAUAUUAUGGUGAAGGUGGAAUAAAUGGUGAUGGAGACAUUAUGUGGCCUGAGAAUAUCUCUGCAUUCUGUAACUUUGUGUUAGAGAAUACAGACAGAAAGGGGGUGCAUUUUCUAAUGGCUGAUGGGGGUUUCUCUGUCAAAGGACAGGAAAACAUACAAGAGAUCCUCAGUAAGCAGCUUCUGUUGUGUCAGUUCCUAAUGGCACUGAGUGUUGUUCGAACAGGUGGACAUUUUGUCUGUAAAACCUUUGAUCUGUUUACUCCAUUCAGCUUGGGACUUGUUUACCUCCUGUACUGCUGUUUUGAGCGAAUCUCUCUCUUUAAACCUUUGACUAGCCGUCCAGCCAAUUCUGAAAGGUAUAUAAUCUGUCAAGGUCUGAAAGCUGGAAUUGAAUCAGAUCGUGACUAUCUGUUCAGUGUAAACAUCAAACUGAACCAGCUCAAGAACUCGAAGCAAGAUGUGAAUACAGUCGUCAGUAUGUCAGUGAUGAAAGAGGACACAAAUUUUUAAAAUUCUAUGAUGAGUUCUAAUGAAGGACUUUGUGCAGUGCAGAUCAAGGCAUUAGCUAAAAUCCAUGCUUUUGUUCUAAACCCGACACUAAGUGUUCCAACACAGGUGGAAAUUCAUAAAGAAUGUCUGAAACUCUGGGGAAUUCCUGACCAGGCUCGAGUAGCUCCAUCAUCCUCUGACCCAAAAUCAAAAUUCUUCGAACUAAUCCAGAAUAUGGAUAUUGAUGCAUUUAACUAUAAGCCAACACUGCUAACCAUUAAAAAUCUGGAAAAGAUCCACCAAGUUUUUGACUACAGAUGUAUGGUUUCUGGAGGAGAACAGGUGUUUCUGCUACCUUUAGGGCUGCAUCGUCAACAGGAUCCAUCUGAUGGUGGUGAAGCAGAUGACAGCAUACCACAGCCAGCAGGUCCAUUUGUUGGUGGUGAAGCAGAUGAUGAAUUCUUCAGAGAAGCAUAUGAGAGUAAUGAAUAUCCCUGGUUUCUUUUUACAUUUCGGAAAGUACAAGCCAAAAGCAACUCAAAAUCAAAACAAGACCUUCACAUUGAACACAAAACUAGAUCCAGUUUCGGAGCUGUGGUGUUUUUUCAAAUUUCUACUGUUUGUGGACGUUUAUUGGUGUUUGCUAGUCAUUUAGUGGAAACACCGACGCACCGGAAGUAUGGACGACUCUACACUCAGCGAGGUAACCUCACUCAGCUGCUAGAAUUGAUGAACCAGCGACUGGAUAAACUAACGGCUAAAGUGGACCAAGUUACACAGCAGCAGGAGCUAGGGCCUGAUUACAACUGCACACAUAAGAGGAACAGCAUUAAUAAUGCAAACGGAGGACAGAGCAAGGGGCCAGUUCAAAGCACACAACCGUUCGUAGGCCAGAGGUGUCAACCAGGGGAAGCUGAUGGAGAACCCCACCGUACUUCAUCUUUGGAUGGGAACUACCAGCUAACAAACACAUGA